AUGGUCGUUCGUCUCCGCCUCAGCCGUCAAGGCACGCGCAACAAUCCGUUCUACCAUGUCGUAGCGAUCAACGAUUCGAAACCACGCGAUGCGCGGCCGAUCGAGAAACUCGGCGAAUUCGAUCCCAUCCCUCGUGCGCCUUCUUCAUGGCGCAUACCCACACCCUUUGUCGGCACAAGCCCCACACCCGGCAAUGGGAGCGUUAUGACUUCCGGAUUGGAGGAGAAGAAGCAGGAUGAGGUGAAACAGAAGAGGUUGGAAUGGAACGAGGAGAGGGUGAGGCAUUGGCUCAAAUUGGGUGCGCAACCAAGCAAGCCCGUGGCGAGACUGCUGGAUCGAGCAGGGUUGGUUCCGGAUGGCGUGCAUUAUAAGGGGAUUUACAGACCACCACCGACAGAGUUGAUGAGGGGGAAGAGCGGGACAGAGAAGAGCUAG